AGGGGGGAGAGAGCGAGGGAGAGGAAACAGAGGGGAAACGAGAACUAAACUCUGUCAUAUAAUCCUGAAUUAGUCUGACUGGUUGGUUGAAUCUGAUUCCACAGUAGCAGGUUCUCACAGCUAGAAUCAUCAUGUUGACUAGGGCUUGCCUGAGGAAAAUGAAACCAAACUCUCCAUACUUAGACAACUUUCUCUACACUGGUGAACAUCCCGAGGAUCAAAGAACAUAUGUGAUGUUCCAUGGCACCUCAGUAGAGGCUGCAGAGCUGAUUAAGAAGAAUGGCUUCAUACUAUCAAGAGCAGAUAUCAGCAUGCUUGGUGCUGGUGUUUAUGUUACACGGGACAUUCAAAAAGCCUGUGAAUACCCUCUUGGUGUUUCCAACUCUAAGAGAAGAGUACUAAAAGUCAGAGUGGAUGUAGGGAAGGUUAAGAUCAUAGACCAGCAGGAUCACCCCAUGCAGAAGACCUGGCAUACCGAGCAUGGAUAUGACACUGCAUGGGUUCCACCAGGAGUCGAUAUGGUAGAAAGCAACCGACAGGAGAACUGUGUCUAUGACCCAAAGAGAAUCAAAGUCAUGGAGGUCAUGAAAGUAAACAAAAAGACCAUAUCUAGAUACCGUCAUCUUCAGAGUGGAGUCUCCCCUGAGGACAGCCACGUCUACGUGAUGUAUCAUGGAACAUCAAAACAGUUUGCUUUGAAAAUACAGAGAAAUGGAUUCACACCUUCCGAAGAUGGGAUGCUUGGUGCCGGUGUUUACCUCAGUCGAGACAUCCGAAAAGCCAUUAAAUACCCCAUUGGUGCCGAUGACUCAGACAGGAUGGUUCUGAAAGUGAAGGUGGAUGUUGGCAAGGUUAAGAUCAUUAACAAACAGGGUGACAUGCAAUACAACUGGCACACUAAGCAUGGGUAUGACACUGCCUGGGUUCCACCUGGUGUUGGCAUGGUGAGUAGCGACCAAGAGGAGGACUGUGUUUUCGACCCAAAGAGAAUCAGAGUGCUGACAAUGCUGAAAGUGGCCACCAUGAAAAUGUUAAACCCGUCCCUGUAGAACUGAUGGCGUUCUGCAUUCAGUGGGAGCAUCCAGCAUCACCUCAUGGUCACCAGAAGAGGAUGGUUAGAAUCAGACGGUCCCACAUGAUGCAGUUCAUAGGAAGAAGAAGCUAUAUUUUGCAGGCCCACAAGAUGAUUUCACAUGUCAAUCUAUAUCAAUCAAUCAUUUAACCUCAUAUUAAUUAUUCAUAUUUACGUGAUGUAAAUAAUUCAUGUGUAACAAUGAUCCUUGUUCCUAUAAUACAUCUCAAAUAAUUGUUUGUUGUGUUUUCCCCCCUCCUAAUUCCAAUCAGUUAAUCUAUUGAAGUAUCUGUGCUGCAGAAAUAUAUGAACUAAUUUAGUCAAUGUUGUGUGUCUUCCAUAGACUUCCAUAGACAGGUAGCAGCUGAGUUCUCACUGUUUGCGGAAGGUGUCAGCCAUUUUGAAAUGCUCAGAUUGGGAUUCCAUAUAUGUUUAUAGUUCGGUAUUCAUUAGACUACCUGUACUAUCUGAGUGGGUGUUGUUGCUUUCCCUUACAUAGAGGUGUCAUGGUUCUACAUUCCGAGGGACUACUAUGCUCGAGGUUAGCGAUCAUCAACUAGAUUCAGCCGCAGGUCCCAUUUCUUUCUUGAACGGAUGGUCAGGGGGCCGGAACAUAAUUACAAAUCAUUUGUAGACUGCAAAUUGACCGCAAGAAGCACAAACAAAUAUGUUAGACUAAAACAUAAUUACAAACCUCUAUUAUACAUGGAAAUACCUUAGAACAGAUUUCCCAAAUGAAAAUAACUUGGAGCUGAUUUGCUGGUGUUUUUACAGUCUUUUAUGUCCAACCAUUUAACUGGGCCCCCAGUUGGAGAUCCCUCUCUGUGUGUCUUAUCCAUCUCUAUAGAGACAAGAGUUGUCACCAGGAAAUGAAAUCAGUAAAGCACUCUGUAUGAAGCACUACUGUAGGUUUCCUAAGAAUACAGUAUAAUAUUCCUGCAUUUGUCAAGUAAUAGCAGGUAAGAAAGAUAUCCUGUAAUUCUAGACAAAUGAACAGUCUUGUUAUUGACUAGUGGAAAGCACAGUAGCGAGAUCAGUUAGAAGCACUGUUUCCUAAGCAUACACAGUAUAAUAAACAACAGUCUUUAUUAAACAGUCUUGUUAUUGGACACUUAUCUUAGAUAUAUUAAACAAUCCCUGUUUACAAAGUACAUUUAUAUGUAAGCAUGAUAAUGUUAUAACACUUGUAAUAUUACUGUAACAAUAGUGAUUCAGCAUAUUGUUAUUGUAUAAAUAUCACUAUUUGGUGUAACAGUUUCAGUUAAAGGACUAUUUAAUAUUACAAAGUGUAAUUGUGCAUUGUAUUGGCUUAUAAUACAGUUCAUCUCAGCAGAGGUUUAUUCAGUUGCA